GGGACUCUGUAACUUGCCCAUGGGCUGCACAGGGUGACUCUUUUCCCAGAAGGCUCUGGAACGCAUUCAUUUGUUUUUCUGACUGUCCACCGUAUCCUUAGAAAGUUUACCUUUCCGUAAAAGACAAUAACAUCCUUCUCUCAAUUUUUCAUCUCUAGUGGUAAUAGGAUUCUCGUAUUCAGUCAUACCGACGAUCUAUUUGUAAUUAUUUUUAAGCGUUCAUUUCUGAGGAAAAUGGUCCUUUCUCAAAGCAACCACGUCCAAUUGUUGAUGACGUGUGUAAAUCUAUGCUCACAUGUGGGGCCGACGUGACGCAAUAGGAAGUUGUACGGAAGCGCCGCGCGGCCUUCACGUCCUGGAGGCCCGGGGUCUGGGAGGAGUUUGCUUUCAGGAGGAAGUUGGAAAAGCUGCGUCUGCCUGAAACGGAAUGACCGCGGAGCGACCUGGUCCGUUGUUUGCUUCUGCUUUCUGGUGCGCAGCAGAUCGGCCAGGUUUUAUUCGUUUUUAAAUGUCACGUGUAGCUUGAAAAUCUCCACUCUGACAUAAAAUCCAGUGCGAAGCCUGUUUGCUCAGUACUAAGCCCCAUCAAGAAGACAGGAGGGCCUGGAGUGCUCCGGUCCAUGGGGUCACGAAGAGUCGGACACGACUAAACAACAACAACAAGCCCCAUAAAGUUUGAUCGGAGCUUGAUAAGUGUUAUUAAGGCAUUCUAACAUGGAUGCUUUUGCAAGCCAUAGCUGCUACCUCCUUCAACAGCUUCAUGACCAGCGCAUUCAAGGACUCCUCUGUGAUUGCAUGUUGGUGGUCAAAAGUGUUUGUUUCAAAGCACAUAAAAAUGUGUUAGCUGCUUUCAGCCAGUAUUUCAGGUCCCUGUUUCAAAAUUCUCCAAGCCAGAAAAAUGAUGUAUUUCACUUGGAUAUUAAAAAUGUCGGUGGCAUAGGUCAGAUCUUGGACUAUAUGUACACAUCUCAUCUUGACCUCAACCAGGACAAUGUACAAACUUUGUUGGAUGUUGCACAAUAUCUGCAAGUACAAAAUGUUUUGAAUAUGUGUCGUUCAUUUUUGAAAUCCUCAAGGGCUCCAGAGCAGCUAGAUAGUAUGCCUUAUAAUAGUGCCCUUUUGCUGCAGAGUACUUUAACUACAGAUCCUGAUUCUGCUGAUUAUGCUACUAAUUUACUGCGGGUAUGUUCAUCAAUUGAGCACUCCUGUACAGUUUCAAAUGACCAUCAUCUACAAAGGUCACAGCCUGCUGAACUCCACAUUUCAUCUGAUACUGUAAAAAGACAUAAACAGGAUUCUGUGGAUGAUAGUUGCGCAAAUCAUUCAUUUAAACAGUCAGAUUGUCAUUACAGACUCCGUAAUGUUUAUAGCAAACACUGCUAUAAGAGCACAACUUGCACUAGCAGCAAAAAAACACCAAAACUGUCCUCUGAUGUCAGUGCUUCUGCAAAAGAAAGCUCUAUUAAGAAUGUUUCGUGUACCAUUAGCCAAUCUGAUUGUAUUUUGGAAUCAUCAAGUAGUUUAACACUGGUUCAGCCCUUAAAUGAGUGUCCCAAGGAUGAAGGUUUAAAAGAUGAAUCUUUACAGCUGAGGCUUAAAAAACACAUACAUCUAAAGAAACUGGAUUUCCUACAAUCUCAAAAAUCUCUGAAACAGUCUGCUAUGCUUCAGAUUGCUGAUGGAGACAUUGCAAGGGAACCAGAGUUAGACAUGCAAAAUAGCUUGAAAAGGAUAAAUAUUGGAACAAAUGAUCAAAAAGAAGUUCAGCAUCUAGUUAGUUUGGAGCAAAAUGUUGAAUUUAUGCCAUCUCAGGAAUCUUCUGAACCAGCUAGCCAACUACAGACAUUUCUUCCAGAGAGGCAAUAUCCUUGUGCAGUGUGUGGAAAAGCUUUUAAACAUCCAAGCAAUCUGGAGCUCCACAUAAGAUCUCAUACCGGUGAGAAGCCAUUUGAGUGUAAUAUUUGUGGGAAAUGUUUCUCACAGGCAGGAAAUCUUCAGACUCAUUUACGUCGACAUUCUGGUGAAAAACCUUACAUCUGUGAAGUCUGUGGGAAAAGAUUUGCAGCAUCUGGGGAUGUCCAGCGCCACAUUAUUAUCCACACUGGAGAAAAACCACAUCUAUGUGAUAUUUGUGGUCGAGGAUUUAGUAACUUCAGUAAUUUAAAGGAACACAAGAAGAACCAUAUAAUAGAAAAAGUUUUUGCCUGUGAUCAGUGUGGAAAGUCAUUUAACUUACCACGGAAAUUAGUAAAACACAGGAUCAGACACACUGGAGAGAGGCCGUACAGUUGCUCAGUUUGUGGAAAAUGCUUCGCAGGAUCUGGUGACUUACGAAGACACAUCCAAACUCAUACUGGGGAAAAACCCUAUAACUGUGAGACUUGUAAUAAAUGUUUCAGCCGUUCUGCUGUCUUGCGUCGACACAGAAAGAUACACUGUAAAGUCGGCAAUGAAGGUAGAAAUACACUAGGUGAGUUUAGUCAGUCAGUGGAGAUCUCUGACCUUGAGAAGUCCCGGAGUUCAGAAUCAUUUAUGCAAGAAAUAGCAGCAGUGACUUUGUUACCAGUAUCAGUGAAGUUUCCCAUCCACACAUCUGAAAAUUCAUCUAGCGAACUGGAUAAUCCUGGGAAAACAUUCCACAAGAUGGAGCCCACAGUACAACAUCAUAAUUGUAUGAAUCAACAAAAACUGAGUUUGGAUCCUGUUAAACUCUGCAAAUCUCAGCAUAAACCUAAUCAGACUUGCUCUUACAAAGAAGUGGACCAGCCACCUGAAGAAGAGCCUUUGCAUUCCAAUGAUGUUCCCAUGGUUCACCCCACUGUGAACUUCCUAGGCAGCAGUCCUAGUGGUGAAUUACGUUGUCGUAUAUCUUCUACUGAAUGCAGAAAAAAUGAAGGACCAUUUUUCUCCAGUAUGACCCUCUGGGGUUUAGCUAUGAAGACUUUACAGAAUGAAGGUGACUUGAGUCAGUAAGAAUUUGUGCUAGAGCUUGGUAAGCCUUUAAGAAGAACUUACAUUAACAGAGAUGUUCCUAUCCUUUUACUCUUAUUAUUACCACAGUGUCUACUUUUUGUACAUUUUUGUCAUCUUGUUUAUGUUUUUAUAGUAGUUUAGUAGUCAAAGUGUUUCACAUAUAUUACUGUUUAAUCCUUACUGUCCUGCCUUGUCAACUUUACAGAGCAAGCCAUCUUUAUAGGGCUCUUAUAUUCCUACUGCAGGUAUAACACACAGCAGAGACGGAGGCUCACCGAAAGCCAGCUAGUCAUUUAAUGAGAAAUGUGAUGUAAAAUGGGAUCUUCACAAUUAAGGUUCGACUGACUUUGGGUGUCCCAAAUAAAAUAAUUUCCUGACUUAA